AAUGAAGCCGGCUCCGCUUCUUGAUUUUGGUCGCACCGCUCAUUCGUUUUCAAUUGAUUUUGUUCUUUCGCGGUGUCAAGUACCUUUUUCUCCAUUGUAGUAAAUUUCAUAGCAAGUGUCUCAGUUUUUCAAGUGAUUUUUUUCUUGUCAAGAUAAACUCCAAAGUUUGAAACAAAAGAUAUCCAAGUGCUGCAAUGGCUUACCGCAACAACAACCGUCGUAACGGAGGUGGUGGUGGCGGUGGUGGCAAUUUCGGCAACAACUACGGUGCUGGCCGAAUCAAUCCUUGGGACACGGGUGUGGGAGGGGGCCGAAAUGACGCUAUCACAUUAGCAAACAGUUUAAUUAAUAAUUUACUCCGCAAUCAAAACUCCAAUCAGGUUCCGCCGUCACUCCUGGACGGUGUUCAAUCGUCCCGAUUUGACGAUAUGAAUGGAUUCAACUUCAUACGGAAUCGGUACGGCAAAAACCGUAAUACUAACGGCCCCUAUAAAGGUGGCAUUCGUAAACCGGAUGCAUUCACCCGUUCCAAGAAUGUUCUGGCCAAAAAUUCCCAUAAUAAAAACAAAGAUAAAGAUGCUAACAAUUCGAGCAAGAAAGAGAGCAACAAGCAGGGAGCAAACAAAAAAGGUGGUAAUUCGAGCAGUGCCGGCAGUAGCAAGCAGCAGCAGCAGACCAAAACGUCGCCGUACGCCGAUGUCUCGAAUGAGUACUUGUACUGUCACAUGUGUGACAAGCAUAUGUACGAUGCAACUUCGUUCGAAAAUCACAUUACUGGUCGUACCCAUCGGGUCAUGAAGGAAAGUAUCGAGGAAAGUUAUCGCAUGCGAGCCACUCUGUUGCGUCAGGAAGCCCGGAUUGCCGAACAGUUGAAAACGAUCGAAAUUGAUCGACUGAAGCGCAUGGGCAAGGCCAAGAACUACUCCAAGAUGCGUGAGUACUGCCCAAUGUGUGAGCUCUUUUUCUACGGUCACAUUAUCGCACAUCGACGCUCAGAGAAGCAUCUGGAUUUGAAAAAAUUCUUACAUCCUAAGUGUGAUGACUGCGAGCUUGAGUUCCAUAACCGCACUGAACACGAUGACCAUCUACUGUCUGUGGUUCAUAUGAAGAACUGCAAGACUAAACCAAGCCGACUUGACAUCGAGAAAAAAGCAAAACAAUUGGUUAUCUCCACUGCUAAUGAUGAAUUGCUAGACAUUCGUGAAGAAACGGCCCCGAAAAAUAAAAAGAAGGAUAAAGAGGCUGCCUCUUCGGCAGCGAAAAAAACCGAAACAAAAUCGGCAACUGCAACCGGAUCUGGCGAGAACGGCGAACAAGCGAAACCAGACACGGAUGGGGCUGCCGAGAAACCGGCCGCGGAAGAAGGAGCAGCGGCCGAGGAAUCCAAAAUGGAGGAAGACAUCCCGGAAGACGAAGUCGCCAAGGAUGAAGAAAGCGCUGACUGCAUCUUGGAUUAUAAGCCGGGUGAUGAGAUCGCGCCGGAGAUCGACAACAAAUUACCGCGGUACAACAAAAACCGUGCGCUUGGUUUAAGCCUGAUCGGUAAACUUGAAUGUCACGAGUGUCGCAUUUGUCACAAGUACUUCGAUACCGAUGCUACAGGCGAAAUUCACGCCCGCACGCAUUCGCAUUAUCGCGCGUUUAUUCGUUUCUUGAACGAAAAGGCUAUGGAAGUGCGCAUUUCUCAGAAGCGCGCCGCCGUCGCAAUGGAAGAGGCUGAGGCCGCUAAGAAGCAAAAGUUGGCUGAAGAAAAGAAAUCGGAGGAGAAUGGUGACGGCGAGAAAAAGGAUUCCGAGCUAUACGACCCGUCUGAGGCCACAGGUGAAGAAUCUGGCGACGCAAGUAUGGCUGACGACAGCAAGAGCGAGGAUGCUAACGGUUUGAGCGAAUCUCACCUGGAGCCAAUGGAGACGGAGAAUGCUGAGGCAAACAAGGGUGAAGCGGCUGCAUCUGCGGAUGACAAGUCCACCGCUUCUUCUUCCGCUGAGGCCGCCAGCAAGACUGACGAUUCCUCCAAGGAAGAACCCAAGCCUGAGAAGGAGGAGGAGAAAACUCCCGCCAAGAAUAGUCGACGGGGACGGGGCAACCGUUCCGGUCGCUACGGUGGACGCUACUAAAAUAUACAAAAAAAACAAAAACUUUAAACUCAGAUUCAUCCCCAAAUUUCUGCUUACAAAACUGAACCGAAUACGGUUUUCGUGCAAAUCUUUCAGAAACUACUCUGAAUAGUGCGAUGGGACAAAACAUACAACUAGUUAUAUUUUCAUGAUAUCAAACUUUACUAUUUCAUCAUAUAUUAACGGUUGUAAUGCUGCAACCCAAAACCGGAAGGUUUUACAGAUUUGAUUAAUAAUCUAUUUAACAAACAUGUCGUGUUAUGUAAUUAUGUUUACUUAUAUUCUUUCAAUGUAUUCCUACAUAUGAUGCAGCAUGACAUUUUUAUUUUGUAUUUUUUUCAUACUAAUUUGUUCAAUUCGCUGUAACGCAAUUUGCAAAAGAAACAUGCACAACUAUAGAAAAAAAUAAAUAAAAAAAAGCGUUAAUCGAAACGAAUUCUAUGAUAAUCGCCACCUAAAAUCGAAGCAGAAAACCAGAUAUUUCUAGCAAAUGUGCACUCGGUGGCUUCUGUGUCGUCCAGGUUUUCCGUACUAACCUGCACCGACAAAUACGCAAAAGUACACACCUUCGUGCAAACAUUCAAUUGCGAAGCGAUUCUUUUCGUCCUCGAUACUCCAGGAAGACGAGUGCACAUUUUCACGUAUUUAUUAGUAAUUUAUGGGUAAUUGUGUACGUUUAUGCUGUUCCGUCAGCUAGACACAACCAAUAUUUAAUGAAACAAGCAUAAUAUAUUCUCUCAAAUGUAAGCAAAUAAAGCAACUUUAAAAUUAAUCAUUAAAUUCUCGGUAUUGUUAAGUAAUCUAACUAAAACUAUAAAACCAACAUUCAAAUGUAAUUGUAUUUCACCAGAAAAAAAUGUAGUAGCAUUGUUGUGAGGCAAAUUGUAACCUCUGCAGAAAAAAAAUAAUUGCUUCUCUUUGUGUAGUUACAGCAUCAAAACACAAUAUUGUGCAUCAGAUUCAAUGAUUUUCUCUGAGCGUUUCGAGCAGGGAAUUAUUUUAUCACGUUGGACAAAAGCACGACCAGAUGAGCAAGAUUGUUAACGUACGUACUAACUCACAAACAUACACAUUGUUCAAGUUAUGCCAAUCUAGGACGCAGCCGCAGCUAUCACGAUCGCUGAAGCGCUUUUCGAUUCAGGUCUAUAACUUACUGUAGCCGAAAAUGCCGCAUACUGCGCAUUGUUUGUAGCAAUCCAAUUGUUGAGAUUCAGGAUGAAGUUUAGUAGCAUCAGUAUAAGUCGCAGAAACAGCGAGAACUCACUUGAUAAAAUGUACGUGGAGAAAGUUGUAUUCCAAGAUAAGGUAUUCGUUGCACGCUAAAGUGAAAUAAACCGAUAUGUUGCGACACGAGCGCAGAUAGAACAAAAGAAAAAAAAACUGACAUUAAAUACAAGCAUACAGAACAAAUACCCGAUGUAACUGAGCAUAAUUGUGAAGCUGAGAAUAUUCUUCUAGUGAUUGACAAAAAUAAAACCAAGCAAAAAUCUGAGUUUAAAACAAAAA